AUGGCCGAUCACACAAAUCUCGUAUUAUUUUGGUUGAUCGAAGCAGUAUUGGCCGUGAUAAUAAUAAUCGCAAAUGGCAUGACUAUUAUUGUCUUGAGUCUAAGCCGUAGACUAUCGCGUGGAUAUUCCAACCACUUGGUACUCAACCUUUCCAUUGCGGAUCUGUGCACUGGUUUUGCGUACCUCUACGUGUCGCUCACAAAUUUCACGGUCCUGGCGAAUAAUCCUAUGAACAAGUAUGCGUGCUUGCUUCGUAUGUCAUCCUACUAUUGUGCCAUAGCUGCAAGUUUUUACGCCACAUUAGCGAUAGCAAUCAAUCGUUACGUAGCCAUCGUUUAUCCACUCAAGUAUACCAAAUACGUGGCCAGGCGGAUGGUUAACGCAAUGAUAGUAGUCAGUUGGUGCGCAGCUGUGCUCAUAUCCUCGGUACCUUUGUACUGGAACAAUUUCGACCCCGAAAAGGGCAAUUGCAAAAAUAUCAUCUCCAAUAUCCACCAAACAUUUUUUCUAUUGGAAACAGUAUUGGCUGUGAUAAUAAUAAUCAGCAACGGCAUGACUAUUAUUGUCCAAAGUCUAAACCGUAGACUAUUUGAUGGCGUUUACAAUCAAUUGAUACUGAAUCUCACCAUUGCGGAUCUGUUCACUGGUUUUGCGUACCUCUACAUGAUUGCGACUUUUUUGUGGGGAAAUUUUAGUAAAUUUGCGUGCUUACUAGGUUGUUGGUUGUUCUACAUUAUUGAACACGCAAAUGUUGCCCAAGUCGAAGGUGGUCUAGGUUCAUCGUGUUCUAUGUAA